GCUGUGGCGCAUGCGCCGUGUACUGACCUUCUCUCGGCGCAGUUCGGGACCUUGAGCAGACUCCAGACAAAAGCUCUCAAACUGGUCUUCCUUAGUUGUAAACCGCACUAUGCCCGGUGAGGUUGAAAUUCCGACACUGUCGGAGUUGAACGUUGAGGAGGUCAGUGUAUCAUCGGCCGUACUGAAAGCAGCGGCACAUCACUAUGGCUCGCAGUGUGACAAGGCUAACAAGGAGUUCAUGCUGUGCAGAUGGGAAGAGAAAGACCCUAGGAAGUGUCUGAAUGAGGGGAGGAAAGUCAAUGAGUGUGCACUUAACUUCUUCAGGCAGAUUAAGGGGAAUUGUGCCGAGUCCUUUACGGAGUACUGGACCUGUCUGGACUAUUCCAACCUGGCUGAGCUUCGACACUGCCGUAAACAGCAGAACGAGUUUGAUAACUGUGUGCUGGAGAAGCUGGGCUGGGAGAGACCUGCUCUGGGAGACCUGUCCAAGGUGACCAAGGUGGCCACCUCUCGGCCUUUGCCUGAGAACCCGUACCACUCUAGAGCAAGACCAGAGCCCAACCCAGUCAUCGAGGGCCCGCUGGAGCCCGCCAAGCAUGGCAGCCGUUUGUUUUUCUGGAACUGGUGAAGAGGGACUUUGAACUGGCCCUUGAGGCCCACAACACCUGCCACUAAAACCCUCUCAGACAUUUCUAAACCUCGAUGGACAGUAGCAGAUUCAGUGCAUCACUCACAGCACUGGUCUGCUAUCCUUAUGCAUAGAAAAAUAUUGAGUUUAUUGAUGUGUUGUUCAUUAAAUGGAUUUAAUUUAAACUGUU